AUGCAGGUUAAAUGCGAGUUUGCCGACCGUGGUUGCCAGUCCAUCCUGCCCCUUACCGUGUUAGUACCCCAUUCUCAGGAUUGUGCCUACAGACCAGUCUCAUGUCGCAACCCUGGCUGCUCCCAGACGGUCAACCUAGGACAGCUGGUUGCACACGAGACGGACGAGUGCGAGUGGCGACCCGUCGGUAUUUGUCAGCGCGGCUGCGGUCUGGUGUUGCUACAGAGGGCCGUCACGGCGGGCCAUGAAUGCGUUGAGGCGCUCAAAAACCAGAUCGGCGAACAGGAGAUACGGACCGGCUCGCUGGAAACGGAGAUGCGUAGGCUACAGGCCCGCUUCGUGAAGAGAGAAAAGUCUCUUCUCGCCCAGAUCGCCACGUUGCACGGCGACGUACAACUACAGGCGCUAAAUCGGCUCGCUCAAUUUGUUACGAAUUUUUUUCUAUCUCUUUCUCUCUCUCUUUCUCUCUUCUUGGAUGUAAUUUAG